AUUCGUUUUCCCGUAUCGGUAGGCAGCAGCAUGAGAAGAGCGCUGCGGUCGAGCUGUUUCAGCAUAUCCUUAACCGGUAAUACGCGGUCGCGCGGCGUCUCAAGUAUAAAUGCGUCCGAGCUACGCUCCAGGUAAAGGUGGACAGGCUCUAUCGCACGCUCAAGCUACCUGCUGGAUCAAAUAUUAUGGAAGACUUUUACAUUGAACAUGCCGAUCGGUUUCGCGCUCUCAUCAAGCGUGUCAAGCUUGAACCCCCGCGCCAACCCGCCGGCGGCGUGCCCGCGAGCCGCGACAUAAGCGUUGUCGCGCGCAUCCGCCCCCCGGCAGCCGACGAGAAUGACUUCCCAGAGGCAAUCUUUGCGCGUGCGACGCCCCCAGGAACGAUAGAUGCACAUGAAUUGCGCAAGGCCGUUCGCGGACCGCCUGUCCUCAAGUCAUCAGUCUACAACGUCGACCGCGUGUACGGGCCCGACGCGACUACUGAAGCCAUUUACGACGACGUGGUGCGCGAGCUUGUACCAUGGAGCUGGGGAGGCGGCAUUAGUACGCUCUUCGCCUACGGGCAAACGGGCAGUGGCAAGACGUAUUCGAUUAGCGGCCUGGAGAAGCUUGUUGCCGAGGCCCUCAUGGGAGGAUCACUUGGGGGUGAACGCAAGGUUUACCUCUCCAUCGUCGAACUCGCCGGAAAUGCAUCAUUUGACCUGUUGAACCAGCGCAAAGCCAUCUCGAUCCUAGAAGACGCCUUCGGCGUCACGCAGCUUGCUGGCGCACUCGAGCACCACGUCCAGAGCACGGCGCAGGUCCUGUCUCUGAUCGAAACCGCCACCGAGCUCCGUCGCACCGAGGCAACCGCAAAGAAUGACAGCUCUUCGAGAUCGCACGCCAUUUGCCGCCUGAGGAUCGAAAUACCCAGCAUGCCCACCGCCGAAGACGGCAUCUUUUACCUCAUUGACCUUGCCGGGUCCGAGGGCGCCCGUGACAAGCAGGACCACAGCGCUGAGCGCAUGCGAGAGUCUCGCGCCAUCAAUGUCAGCCUGUCCGUCCUCAAAGACUGCAUCCGCGGUAAGACGGAGCACGAUAACGCUGUGGCGACGGGCCAGGAACGGAAGAAGUCGCACGUGCCGUUCCGCCAGAAUCAACUCACCAAGGUUCUCAAGCAUGUGUUCGAUCCUGCCGGGACGCGGGCAUGCAAGACUGUGGUGUUGACCUGCAUAAACCCGUGCCUCGCAGACGUCCACCCGGGCCGAAACUCCCUGCGUUUCGCUGAGAUGCUUCGCGUGUUUGUGCCAACGAGCAAAAAGGCCGAAUACGAUGCAAGUUCGCCAAUCACCUGGAACAAUGAUCAGCUGCGCACUUGGAUAGAUGCGAAUUCCGGCUCGCCGGCCAUAUCGUCCGAGAUCCUGGCACCGGUCGAGACAGGUGCGCAGCUCCUACGGCUCCCUGCCCCUGAGUUCGAGCUGCGGUGCCUCAAAACCGAGGGCGUCACGCCCGAGCAAGCCGCGGCGUUCCGUUCCAAAGUAUGGCAGACGCACGUCGACGCCCAGCGCUCGCGCUCCAAAGCAUCCUCCCGAAGCGGCGCUGCUGCUGAAGGUGCCAUGAAGUUUCCGGACAGCACUGGUGAGCUUUUGCGAUUCGCCGGUCCAACAAGCAUGGAGCCCCAAGCCGAGAUCCGAGCGCUGGAUUUCAAGAAACGAGUGCGGCCGGGCAUGGUAGUCGCGUGGACACCACCCGAAGGUUGUCGCGUUCCCCUGGCCGAUGGACUGAAGCUUGCUCUGGUACUAUGUCCUGCAGCGAGCGUAGGUGACCAUGGUACAAUUGAUGCGAAGGGCGACAUGGUCAGCCAGAGCGACGAGGCGAACAAGGACGCCGAUGGCAAUCCGGCAAAAUAUCUCUGCGCGCUUGUGAACCCUGGGAUCAUGUCCGGGGCGUACGACAUAAGCAUGUGGCGGCAAUUUACUGUUGACUUGGCAUGGAUGGACAAGGAGGUACUGCUCGAGUAUGAUUCAGCCACUCGAUUCUACUACAUCGCGGUAUAGACACGCAAAAGAUGGUUUGGCACCGAUAUCACGCCUUGCAGAACGCAAUGCUUCAAAUCGAGGGCCCAAUGUAAUUCAUGCGUAUCUAUUACUUCUGC